AUUAUCAAUGAGCAAGUGACGGCUGACAAAAACAUUUAAAAAUUGAUAAGGAUCAUUGUUUUUAUCAUCACAAGGUACAUCUUUAAAUUGUGUGUUUUUUGUAGCUGGUGAAAAAUGGUCUCUGUUUUCCGUGAAUGAUAUCUAUGUAUAUAUGUAUGUAUGUGUAAGUACCUAAUAUGUAUAUUGAAAUGGUAUAAUUGUUAUCGAGGCGUACAUUAUUUUUUUUGAUAAGUAUUAUUACAAAAUAAGAGUGAAUUAUGUGAAAUUACACAACGAUUUUUAAAUUAAAAUAACAUUGAUUAAAUAAGUAUUCCUUUAAAAAGUUAAUUUUUACAAGAAACGACAAAAUAAAUUGCUAUAAUGGCUGAAAACGUCCCAAUUCUUGAAGGAUUUUUAUGUCCUGUAUGCAUGACAGAUUUAAAAAAACCAUGUCAAUUAACAAAACAUUUUGAAGAAGUUCACAAUGACGAUCCAGAAAUACUAAAAUCUCUCAAAGAUUUGUUUGGAAAAGCUAAAAAAAAAAUUCUUAAACAAGAUGAAAUGCCUGAUAAUUUCUCUCACAAUGUACCGAUCCGAGAAAAACAAUUGAGUCCGGAUAUUAAUUGGGGUCCACAAGAAAUUGGAGCUGUUAAAUCUUACACUGUUUACUAUAGAGAUAUUAGAAACGCUAAAUUGGAAAGGUAUUCAACUGAAACAAAUAAAUUACUGAUAAGAUUAGACAAACUAUUAUUAAAUUUACCAUCAGAUCCAAUUGAUCGAAAAGCUCAUGAACGUACGAUUGUGCCUUGGAUUGAUGAUAAAGAUGUUAAAUUAUGUCCAAAUUGUGCACGUAGUUUCCAUUUAGCCAGAAGAAAACAUCAUUGCCGGUUGUGUGGUGCUGUAAUGUGUCACGAUUGUACUGAAUUUUUAUCUCUUAUUGAUGCUCGUAAAAUGACUAGUCCAACAUCAGUAGAUGAUUCGUCAAUAUCUCCUACAUCAUCAGAAUCUCCAUUAACAGAUCGAAUUAUUCGAGCUGGAAUAGGACUUUCGAAAAUAGCCCGAUCACCAUCAAGUGGAAGUCUCAAUAGUAUUUUAUCACUGAUGAAUGAUCGAGCAGGUGGUGAACAGUAUUUUCGAUUAUGUUUUCAUUGUAAAAACCUUUUGGAUGCACGUGAAAAAUUAAAAGUAAGACAUCUAAGUAAACCAAUUAUUUCAAAAUUUUACGAAACUAUGAGAACAUAUAUGGAAGAAGCAAUGCGUUUUAUGACAAUGUACAAUAAAAUGUGGGAAUCAUUAAGUAAAGGGGAAAUGACUUAUGAUUUACGUGAUGCACAAAUAUUGAGAAUUAAAAUAGCUAAAGUUGGAGAAAAUGUUGAUAAUAUAAGUAAAAAAAUUAUAGCUAUUGGUACUGCAGAUAUUGAUAAUCCACCACAGGGUCAGGCACUAAAACUUCAUCAAAUGAUUCGUGCAUCCGCAAUGAUAUUUCUUAAAGAACAAUUAUUAACUAUUCCCUCACUGCCGUCUGAAGAAGAAUAUUUGGCUUUGCAAGAAAACCGUCGUCAGAAAAUUGAAGAAAGAAUAGCUUACGAAAGACAGUUGGAAAUUGAAGAAGCUUUAAAAGAAAGACGUAGAGACUAUAAAGUAGAUAAUAAAAGCUCACAAAAUAUUACACCGAUUAAAAAUAAUGAGACUUUGAUGGAGACGUCACAAGGCUGGACACCUUCUGGGGCUGUUGCAAUACUUCCAUCCGCAUCAAUUGAACCAAUAAUCGAACAAAUGAGUAAUUUACGAUCGUACAUAAAACAAGCUAAAGCAGAAUGUAAAUUUGAUGAAGUAGCUACAUUAGAAAGUAAUUUACGUGAACUUCAAAGCGCUUAUUUUGCAAUGAAGCAAAACAGUGAUGGUUAAAAUGCUUUUAAUUUUUUUUUUAUCAAUACAUUGCCAUUAUAUAAAGUUGGUAGAUUUUUCAAAUUUUAAUAAUCUCUUAUUUUUAUUUGUGCAUAUACAUAUUUAUA